AAAAUAUUUAGAAAAGAAAAAUAGUUGAUAUCAUAAAGAUGAUAACCAAAUAAAUAUAAAAGGAACCAAAAGUUUAAAAAAAUAUAAACUUUUAAAUUAUACAUGAUGACUAUUUUUUAGUUUAAAGAGUUUUCAAUGAUGAAGAUAAAUAGAUUUUAAAAAAUUUUGAAGCCAACUAUGACAACAUAAACAAAGGAUAUGUCUUGCAGAUAAAGUUUUAUACAAAUCUAAUUGAGAUACUAACUAGAAAAUAUUAGGUAGUAAACUAAAUACCUUAUUUUGUAUUUUCUGCUCUUCAGCCGAUACAAAAAUGCUUAAAUUUUAAUAUAGAGAAUUAAAAUAAAUAAAUAUACUAUGACUAAAAUGAUAUUAAAACACCUGAGAAUGAUCUUCCAUAGUCAAUUUUAAAAUAGCUAUUUAACUAUCAAAAAGAAGGAAUAAGAUUUGGAAUGAUGAACAAAUGCAGAAUUCUAAUUGCAGAUGAAAUGGGAGUAGGUAAAACAAUAUAAGCUAUUUGUUUGGCAUUUGCAUAUUUAAAAAAUCUUUCUAAAAAAAUGAUUGUCAUAUGUCCUUCCUCAUUGAAAUUUUAUUGGAAGUAAGAAAUUAAUAAAUGGUAUCGUGUUAUACUAAACGGUAGAUAAGUUUCUUAGUUUAUUUAGGUAUUUCAAGCAUCAAAUGACUAAAUAGAACAACAAACUAAAAUACUGAUAUGCUCUUAUGAUAUAAUUUAAAGUGCAAUAAAUAAAAUUGAAAAAUACAAUGCUUUUUUAGGGAUAGCUGAUGAAGCUCAUUAUCUUAAAAAUCCAGAUACUAAGAGGUCUAAGGCUAUAAUUCCUUAUUUAAAGUAAUUAAAACACGUUAUCUUGUUGACUGGUACACCAGCCUUUGCUAAACCUUAAGAAAUGUAUAGUCUUGUAUCUAUUUUAAGGCCAGAUGUAUUUACCAAUUUUCUUGAUUAUGGCAAGAGAUACUGUAAUCCUAAAAAAUCUAAUUUUCAUAAUGGAUUAGACUACUCAGGCUCAUCUAACGAGCUAGAGUUGCAUUAUUUGCUUACAAGAUAUAUGAUGAUAAGGAGACUAAAAAAGGAUGUAUUAAAUGAACUGCCUGAUAAAAAAAGAAAAAAGAUCAAGGUUAGCACAGAUAGUAGCAUACAGUCUUAGAUUGCCUAAAUAUUAAAAAAAGUUAAAGACAAAACACUUUAGAUUUUAAUGAAUCCUCCUCCUAAUCAAUAAUUUCAAAACGAACCAGAUUCCUACUUUAAUGGAAAUCAUGGGAGCAGUCAAUUCUAAUCAUUAAAGACGUGCUAUAUGCUUAGUGGGUUGGCAAAGCAAUAGUAAGUUUUAAAUUACCUAGAAGAGUUGCUAAAAUCUGUCGAUAAAGUUAUUGUUUUUGCUGAGCACAUACAAAUUCUUGACAAUAUAGAAAAAUUUGCAAAUGACCGCAAAAAAAAAUAUAUUAGAAUAGAUGGAUCUGUAAGAGAUGAAGAGAAAAGUAUCCGUGUUUAAUCUUUUGAAAACAAUAAAAAUAUUUCUAUUGCAAUACUUUCCUUUGGAGCAGCCAGCUUAGGAAUAACUCUUACAUCAGCAUCCAAUAUUUUAUUUGCAGAAAUGCAUUGGACUCCUGCUAUUAUGGAAUAAGCAGAGGAUAGAGCUCACAGGAUAGGACAAAAAAAUCCAGUGACUUGCCAUUACUUGAUUGGAGAAGGAACGUUGGAUAAUAUGCUUUAUAAGAAAAUAUUGGAGAAACAGUAAAUAGUUGGAGCUAUACUUGAUGGAAAGACAGUAAAUUUAAAAUUUGAUGAAACUGAUACUCCAAAUUAAAUGAAUAGCAAUACUAUAAAUUAAUAAAGUCAUAAUUAAGAAUAAUAAUUUCAAUAAUUGAAGUAGUAAAAAUAAACUAAUAUGACCAAUAACUAGGGUAAAACUUGCAGUAAUAAAUCUAAAAAUUAAGAUGAAAAAAAGUAGUAAGGAGGCUUAAUACAACAAAGCAUAUUAAACUAUUGUCAUUAGAAUGCUACAGGAAAGAAUAAAUUAGAGAAAGUGAAUUUUUUAAAUAUGAAAGAGUAAAUUAUUCCUUGUGAAGAAAUUGAAAUUAAGGAGGAUUUUCCAGUUAAAGAGAAGAAUUUUAUUUAAAAAAGAUCUAGAAAGCAAUUUGAUAAAGAGAACAAGCACAUUUAAGAGGAACUGUAUAGACCUGAAAAAUAGCUGAAAAAUAAACUUUUAUCUAAUAAAUAAUAAAAUUUCAUCAUUAUUGAUUGAAAUUAAUUUUUAAAAUUAAAAUAACUAAAAAUAAUUUCUUGUAUUUUAAAAUUAUAUUUCUUGCAAAUUUUUAUUAGUUAAUUUUUUAGUUUUUUUUUCAUAUUCAUCAA